AUGGAACGAGUUUCCAGGCGAUCGCAAAGGACGGGGACGAUCUCGGAGGUUCACAGGAAGGCCCAAAAAUACGGGGAGAUACGGAAGUAUAACUACGUCCCUCGGCUCUACCCACCCAGGAUCCCAAACAUUCGCAAGGCCGUUCUCGGCAAUGAGGAUCCCAGACGGGCUCGGCUCCAGCGUACCGGGCGUGGAGGGAGCUAUGACGGGGAAGCGGAGGAAGCUUCUCUGGACGAGCGGAAGCAAUGCCGCCGUCUUCGCACAGUAGACCAACAACCGAACGCCCUUGAGAAUCAGCUUGGGACAGGCUGCUCGUGUCUACUGAAACUUAUUCUACCUCACCCCGAGGCAUCGGAAGCUGCACAGGUCACUCCGACUAACGGCGCGCAGAUUGGCACUUCCAGUCCUUGUGGCCCCAAGGUGGCGUGGCCAAAAGUGAAUGAGCUCAAGGGGCCAGUGUGCCAAUGUGUGGGGGAUGGAAAGUUGGUGCACCAGUCCAGCUAUGAUCCACGGGUAUUUCCGGGCCAAGCCUGGGGUCGUUCUUCAGCCGAGGUCCUUUCUCCGUCCGUCGGUGCCGACAGUGUUAUAGCAAGGAAAUGUUCAUCCUGCGAGGAAUGGGGAUAA